AUGUAAGGAAACGAAGAUAUUAACAAAGUGUACACUUUGGAGAAAACUUUAGGAGAGUAUAGAAAUAAUAUAAGUUAAGGGGAGCCUUUGGAGUUGUUAAAAGAGCAGUUAAAAAGAGCACAGGGGAACAUUUCGCUGUUAAAAUAAUUAACAAGUAUUUGAUCCAUAUUGAUUGAAGGGAAAACCUGUCAAACGAAGACUUAUUGGCCUUGUAAACAGAAGUCGAAAUUCUUACUCAAGUAUAAUAAAUAAUUAUUUAGAUCGAUCAUCCUAAUGUUGUGAAAUUGUAUGAAAUUUACGAAGAUGACACGUUCUUCUAUAUGGUCUUGGAAUUAAUGACAGGUGGAGAGGUAUUCAAUAAUCAAUCAUUACGUUAAGCUAUUCGAAAGAAUAGUUGAGAAAGACCACUUUAGUGAAAAGGAAGCAGCCGCUACCCUUAGACCAAUUAUUGAUGCACUCGCUUAUUGUCACAANUAUCAAAAGGUGAGAUUUAAUAUAGAUAAAAUUAUCAAUCCUCAACAUUUAUUUUUAUUAGAUUUCACGUCCAUACUUAAUUCUCUUUUUUUGAUUAUUGAAUAUUUUAUAAUCUGCUAUUGA